AUGUCAGCCCCAAAGCCAAUUCCAUUGUCAUCUCUCUCUCCAAGAGACCUUGCUGGCUUACAUAAAACUCUUCAAAACGAAUUACAAAACCUUCAAGAAAGUUAUGAACAAUUAUUUUCAGUUCAACAAACCUAUUUAGAUAAUAAAGAUAUUAUUAAAACAUUGACAAAUGAAAAAGUAAAAGGUCAACCAAUGCUUGUACCAAUGAAUUCUUCACUUUAUAUGAAAGGAGAGAUUGAUAGUUAUGACCGUGUUAUUAUUGAUAUUGGUGCUAAUUAUUUUGUAUCAAAAAAAUUAUCUGCUGCUUUGGAGUUUUAUGAUAGAAAAAUUAAGCUCGUUGAAGGAGAAAAGGAAAAAAUUUUAAAAAUUGUUAGUGACAGAAAACAAAUGAUUGCUGCUGUUCAAGAGCAGAUGGCAAAAACACUAGCUGCUGCUCCAUCAAAAUAA